CGGCGCCCUCUGACCCCGGGGCCGGGCGUGAAGGGGGCACUCCCGCCGCCUCCUCCUCCGCCGCUCCCGCUCCGGCUCGGGCGGGUGCUGAGGGAGGCGCCGGGAGAGGACCGAGGGAUCCUGGAGCUGCUGAGGCGGCCGGAACAGGAUUUCCCGUUCCCAACCCUUGGCUGGAUGGAGAAGGAGGGUGCAAGGACAAGACAGAUGCCACAGAACACCCAGGCAGACAAGGAGCUGCAGAUGGAGGCCAGAGAGGACAAAUCCCUGUGGCAGAACCUCGUGGAAGAGGCCGUUUUGAGCAGCUCCACGGCACAGGAAUCGAAGGGGAAAGAAAAGCCCCGGAGAUCCCGCACAAGGAGGGGCUGCAAACGCAGAUCAUGGGGAUCUGAGGGGGAAAGACCCAACCCGGGCCAGGAAGGCGGCCAGAGAUCGAGCCAGAGCUCAGAGCUGGUGGUCCAUGAGCAGCUGCAUGAUGGAGAGAAGCCCAACAAGUGCUUGGAGUGUGGAAAGAGCUUCAGCCAGAGCUCCAGCCUGAUUCAGCACCAGAGGACCCACACAGGGGAACGGCCGUAUGAGUGUGGGGAGUGUGGGAAGAGCUUCAGAGCCAGCUCCAGCCUGAUCCGCCACCAGAUUAUCCACACUGGAGAACAACCCUACGAGUGUGGGGAAUGUGGGAAGAGCUUCAGCCUGAGAUCCACCCUCAUCCGUCACCAGGUGAUCCACACUGGGGAGAGGCCCUAUGAGUGUGAUCAAUGCAGGAAGAGGUUUCAGCUCAGCUCCAGUCUUCUCGUGCACCAGCGCACGCACACAGAGGAGAAACCCUUCCGCUGCCCCGACUGUGGUAAGGGCUUCAGGCAAAAUGCCCAUCUUGUCGUGCACCGGCUCAUCCACACUGGGGAGAGACCCCACGAGUGUGAGGAAUGUGGGAUGAGCUUCAGCCGGAACUCCCACCUCAUACGCCACCGGAGGACCCACGAGGCCCCAUGGGGAGUGGAAGUUCAGAGCUCCACUGAUCACCAGACCACUGGAAGCCUGGUGGAAUGUGGGAAGGGCUUCAGCCAGCGUGCCAACCUCCAGCACCAGAAGAUCCACACUGGGGAGAGGCCCUACAAGUGUUCAGAAUGUGGGAAGGGGUUUCGCAUCAGCUCACAUCUCCUCGUGCACCUUCGGCUUCACACAGAGGAGAGGCCCUUCCACUGUCCCGACUGUGGGAAAGGAUUCAUGUACAACUCCAUCCUCAUCAUCCACCAACGGAUUCACAGAGAGGAGAGGCCCUUCCGCUGCCCCGACUGCGGGAAGGGAUUCAAGCACAAGUCCGCCCUCAUCACCCACCGGCGCAUCCACACCGGGGAGAGGCCCUACGAGUGUCCUCAGUGUGGGAAGAGCUUCUCACAGAACUCAGCCUUGACCAAGCACCAACAGAGCCACCAGUAAGGCAAGCCCUGCAAGUGCCCCGAUUUCAGGAUGAGCUUCAUACGCUGCUCUAACUCCAUCCCCCACUGGAGGACCCUCGUUGGGAAGAGCCCUGGUGACCACGUUCCCUGUGUUCCAUGUUGGGAAGGCACCUAGCUAGUUAUCCUUUUGUUUUGGCCUUCAUUUUCUUCUGAUUCAUCUUCAUCCCUUAAAAACAGGCCUGAAAAGAAAGAAACUGAUCAAAGAUAUCUAGUCCCCAUUUCACAGUUGUUUGAGAGGGAAUUUAGGACUUGGGGACAUAAUCUUGAGGAUUUAUGGGUUCUGGGAGAAUUUUGGGCAGUGUUCCCCAUUUCUUUGCACUGCAGAACCAAGAGGGAUUGAUCUGUCUCCUCAAAACAACUCAGUCCCACUGAAAACCAUACAGUUGUACCCCAAAAGGGCUCAAUCCCAACUCAAAAUUGCUUGUUCCCUCCUCAAAAAUCUCAAUUGUAUGGCAAACUCACUUGAUUCCACAGCCGCCUUGGUGAGAAGGGGUUGGAAGGAGAUUGGGAGAAGUGGGAUCCCAGUUUGGAGCAGUGGAUAGGGAUUGUGUGGGGCUGGGUGGCUGGGAUGUAUUUGAUAGUAAAUAAAACUUUCAGAGUUACUGAU